UACCACCAUACGAGCCACCAGCGAUGCCAUUUUUAUUGGGUAAGUUGGAUCGUACACUGACACCUUGAAAUUUAUGAUAUGGUUACUCAUAUUAUUCUUAGUACAUUUAUGUGAAUUGUAUGGACAUUUAUGUUUCAUUACAAUAGGAUACUUAUAUAUUUAUAGAGGAGAGUAUUUAUACUUUUUAUAAAGUGUAGGUCUAAUAUUGUUAUAUUGUAAUAAACUGUAUCAUCAUGUUGAGACUAUAUUGUUCCAUUUCUGCUUUCAUUUCAGAAGCUCCUGAUUGUGAUGCUGGCACGUCCAAUAACAGCGGACACAUUGUUCCCAAUCAGGAGCAAGAGUCUGAGCCAAAGGAAGAUAAUUCCACCUCUUCCAGUCUUCCAUCAGAACUCAACAUCUCUGAAUUUGGCUCAGAUGUUGCCAAUAAAAUACAGGGCGCAGAAGGACCAUCUACCAGCCCUGUUGAGCCUGGAUCUCCCUCACUUGAUCAAUUCAACCUGGGUCAAGUGUUGGGAGAAGGAGGAUUUGGGAAGGUGAGCGACUCAUUGCACAAUUAGGUUUUAGUUACUACUGAUUUACCCAGAGUGAUUAAACUUUCUGUCUUCUGACUCCAGGUAUUCCUAGCCGAGCACAAGAACACCGAAGUGCUAUAUGCCAUCAAGGCCCU